AUGGAAUACGUUGCACCAAAGGUAAUUAAUGGAGUGAUUGAAAUUGAUAUUGAACAGGAAGACAUUGAAACAGAAUUACGAUUCUGGGAUAAUGCUCUCAUACUGUAUGUUGUGGGAGAUAAUUUGAGCUUGAACACGAUGAAGAAUUUUAUGCGAAGAAUGUGGAAUUUCAUCAAGAUACCGGAUCUUUACUACCACGAUGACAGGUAUUUUCUGCUAAGAUUUAACUCGCACGAAGACAAGGAAGCUGUCAUGAUGAAAGGCCCCUACACAAUUAGAAAUAUGCCCAUGAUACUGAAAAAAUGGCAAUCUGGUUUCAACUUAAAGCAGGACCUACUCAGAACACUACCAAUAUGGAUCAAACUACCUCAACUUCCCCUGCAUCUUUGGGGAGCACAAAGCCUUAGCAAGAUUGGAAGUGCCAUUGGCAAACCAUUGGUGACUGAUGAAUGCGCAGCGAACAAAUUGCGUGUUUCGUAUGCUAGAAUACUGAUUGAAGUAGAUAUUACACAACCAUUGAUUGAUGAAAUCACCAUAAGGAAUGUUGCAGGAGAUAUCAUAAUGCAACCAGUACAAUAUGAAUGGAGGCCCACCUUCUGUGAAACAUGUCAAAAACUGGGACAUAACUGUGAAGACAGAGGCAAGGUUAAAAAAUGGAUACCAAAACCCAUACAAAAGGAAAAAUUCACAAUCAUAACACCGACACAACAACCAAUACAGGAGAAACUAACGGAUGAAGAAGGAGUAUCUUGGACAAGGGUGAAGAAAUCUGUACGAGAUAAAGGAAAAAACAUAAUAUCUGAUACAACUAGCAGCAUACACUAUGUUAAUGGUUUUGAAUCACUAGAGGUAUUGAAUGAUCACCAGGUGGUCACAAACCUUGAACCAUGUUAG